AUGGAUUCACGAAAUAAACUAUUCCAUUGCGAUGUAUGUUCCACUGAUUGUACUAAUCGUAUAAGAGUACAAUGUGCUAUAUGUGCCGAUUAUGAUCUAUGUGUCCCUUGUUUUGCGGCUGGACUAACGACGGGGGACCAUAAACCGUGGCACGAUUAUCAAAUAAUCGAACAAAACACUUAUCCGAUCUUUGAUAGAAAUUGGGGUGCUGAUGAAGAAUUGUUGUUGAUUCAAGGCUGUGAGACGUUUGGAUUGGGAAAUUGGGCCGACAUAGCGGAUCACAUUGGAAACAGAUCGAAGGAAGAAGUGGCACAACAUUACUACAAGAUUUAUCUAGAGAGUAAGGACUACCCGUUGCCUGAAAUGAAUAAAGACUUUACCUCUGUGUCUCCAUUGCAGUUUCUUGAAGAAAGAAAGGAGAGACUAGAGAAGAGGCGGAAUAUGCCUUUGCCACCACCAAAAAGCAAGCCUGCAUCCUCGGUUCCGCUCUGCCACGAAGUUCAAGGGUUUAUGCCUGGUAGGUUGGAGUUUGACCAUGAAGCAGAAAACGAGGCAGAGGUUCCAGUAAAGGAUAUGAUAUUUGACCCAGACGACCUGAUAAAUGACAUUGAAUUGAAAUUGACCAUUCUUGAUAUAUACAACUCUCGGUUAACAACCAGGGCAGAACGCAAACGAAUCAUGUUUUUGAAUCAUCUCCUCGAAUAUAGAAAGAAUAUUAGCAACGACAAGAAAAAGUCAAAGGAGGAGAAGGAUUUAUUGAAAAAGGUCAACGCGUUCAUAAGAGUAUUGUGUCCAGAGGAUUUUGAUUCGUUUACUCGUGAUCUCCUCACAGAGUUAAAGUGCCGCAUUAGAAUACAACAGCUACAAUCUUGGCGCCAGAAUGGUAUCAUCACUCUUGAAGAUGGGGCAAAGUUUGAGAAGGAUAAGGUGAUUAGAAGUGCACAUUACACAAGGAUGGGCAAUGGAGCACUCAGUGCCAGACACUCAGCAACUCCAGGUAUCAAUGGAAAUGGCAAGAAAUUCCCUUCGCCACAGCCCGAUUUCAAGCCAAAAGCUCCGGUGAAUAGAGCACCGUUGGAUAUAAGCCAUGCGGCUGAUUUUGAGCUACUUUCACCUGAGGAAAAGCAAUUGUGUGCGACUUUGAGAAUUUUGCCAAAACCAUAUCUAGCGAUUAAAAACCAAUUGAUGAAAGAAGCGGUAAAGAACAAUGGAGUGUUGAAGAAAAAAGAUGCUCGCCAGGCGUUAAAGAUCGAUGUUAAUAAAGCCUCCAAGAUUUAUGAGUUCUUUGUUCAAAUGGGAUGGUUGUCACAGGGGUAA